CUGAUUUUACUCUUAUUACUCAUCCCUGGAAGAUAGGGCUCUUCUGAGACAGCCAUCUUCCUGACUGGCCAGCUAGGGUUACCAGUACUUUUUACAGUAUUUUUCCCACUCCUGACUUCUGCUCUUUCUAAAAGAACAAUUCUGGUGAAAAUGCUGAGCCAAGCUGGAACAGGUUUUUCCUUCAACACUAAGAGAAGCCGACUGCGGGAGAAACUGACUCUCUUGCAUUAUGAUCCAGUAGUGAAAAAAAAAGUCCUCUUUGUGGAACAGAAAAAAAUACGCUCCCUCUAAACAAUGGAUUGAAAAUGAAUUUGAUUUAUAAAUGAGAAGACUGAGGGCGGGAUACUGAUUCAGAAAUUCUGCAGCAUGUAAUGAAAGAAGAGGAAAUGGCAUGGAAUCACUGCCUCCUGUGAUUUGAAGGCCAUUGUGAAGGAAAACAAUGCAGUGAAAGAAAGUUCUUCAUAUUAGGACAUAUAUCAUUGCAUCACAUUUAUUUAUCUUUCUGGAUAUUUUUAUAGCCCUUAAUAAAAAUAUUAAAAUAG